CUAGAGAUGGCAGACGGUGAUAUAUUACAGCCUGGCAUCAAUAUUAAGCCAAGCAUAAGUUUGGAUGAAAUCAAACCUUUAGUUUAUGAUCUGUAUGGAUUUAAAGUACUGAAGAUUUCCGAACUCACCGGGUACGACGAUAAAAAUUAUCACGUUGUUUUAGGAAAUAGUGACAAAAAAAAUCCGCACGUCAAUAAGUUGAACGAUGAGGGAUAUGUAGUAAAAAUAAUAAAUUCUUUGGAUUCUAAAAAGACAGAGUUCUUUGAUGCUCAAAAUGCUGUAUUACUUCAUUUGGGAAAAACAGAUAUACUUUGCUGUAAACCAAUACCGACUACAGAAGGCUCCUAUUUUACAAAAACAAAAUUAAAAAGUGGCGAACAUAUCGUUAGGUUGCUGGAGUUUAUCAGUGGGUCUAUUUUAGCAAAAGUAACAUGUACACCGAAAUUAUUUUUUCAAAUUGGAAAGUGGGUUGGUACACUAGAUAAAGCAUUGCAAAGUUUUCAUCAUGCUGGUUACGACUCCCACAAAUCUUUAUGGAUGCUGAAUGCAGUUCCCCAGCUGCGCCAAUUCAUUUUUGCAGUCAAAGACGAAUCCAGGAAGAAAAUUGUGCUAGAAGUAAUAAAUGAAUUUGAGUCUCGAGUAUUGCCGUUACUGCAUCUUCUUGAAAAGGGUCUGAUCCAUGGUGACGUCAAUGAACAUAAUAUUCUCGUCGAGAAGACAGACGGAAAGUGGAAUGUUAAAACGAUCAUAGAUUUCGGUGACAGUCACCUGGGGUAUUGUCUUUUCGAAUUGGCUAUAACUAUGACUUACAUGAUCGUGCAUUCGAAAGAUGUAAACGCCGGAGGAUACAUUUUAGCUGGUUAUUCGAGGGUGCGAAAAGUGCCAAAAACUGAGUUCAAUUUGUUGAAGAUCUGUGUCCUAGCUAGAUUAUGUCAGUCACUGGUUCUAGGAGCUUAUUCUAGUCUGCAGAAUCCAGAUAAUUCAUACGUAUUGAAAACCUCAAUUAAUGGAUGGAUAAUGUUGGAGGCAAUGUGGAAAGAGCCAGACUCCGAAUUGUUACAACGAUGGAAGACAAUUUCUGAAAAUAUGGAAUAGAUUUUUUUUUACAAAAUAGAGAAACUUUAUUUUAUACAAUUUUAAUAUUAAUACAUUGAGAUCAAAUUUGCUUAAUAAAAUGAAAAUUCGAAAUGUGAUGUGGCAAGUUUUUAUAGAGCAGUAUAUUAUAAUAUAAAUGCGUUUUAUACUAAAGAUAUUUUAUUGUAUAAAAUUAAAUGAAACAGAUAAAUAGAAUACCUACGUGUUACCACUUUGGAAAAAAAGUAAAUAAAUAUGUUUAUAGUUACAAGCAA